AUGAGCUUUUUGAACUCGCUUGGUCGUACGAUGGGCCGCAAUACGCGCCCCAAAGGCCAGAGGCCGGCGGGGUACGAUGUGGUUGACCCGCGUGCCGCGCUCGCGGAGUCGAUGAACGACACACAUCUCGCGGCACAAAAGCCGCUGUACCUGUGCCAGCCGUUCGUGCGCAGCGCAUUGAUCAAGGGAUCGUUCCGGACGAUUGUCGCGCUGCCCAAGUACGUGCACCCGUACGAGUGGAUCGCGAUGAACUUGUUUGAUUUCUUCCACGACCUGAACCAGUUCUGCGGUGUCACGACCGAGUUCUGCACGGUGCAGACGUGCCCGACGAUGAGCGCGGGCGUGGGCCUCCAUUAUACGUGGGUCGAUGUGAACCGCAAGCCGAUCCACCUCCCGGCGCCACAGUACAUCGACUUUGUCAUGACCUGGAUCGGGCACUUGCUCAGCGACGAGGCCGUGUUUCCGACCAAGUCGGGCCGUGAGUUUCCCGCCUCGUUCCCUACGACCGCGCGCCAGGUAUACAAGCAAAUGCUCCGCAUCUUUGCCCACAUCUACAACGCGCACUUCCCCCUCCUCUUGCACCUCAGCUGCGAGGGGCACGUCAACAGCCUCUUUGCCCACUUUCUCGCGUUCGGCAAGGAGUUUGACCUGUUCGACUUCCGCGAAUUUAAGGGGAACGGCGACCCGACGCUCGGCGCGCCGGCGUGCAUGGGCGGCAUCGGCGGGCCCGACUUUCCGGCCGUCGAGACACCCGACGUACGCGAUAUUCACGCGGCGCUCGCGGGGCCCAACGGCGAGCGCGUGCCGUACCCCGGCGUCUGCGACUUGAUCGAGCGCUGGGUCGAGCGGGGCGUGCUGCCCAAGGAGGUGUUGCAAUAG